AGUACUACCACUGGUGACUGACCGUGUAGUAUUGACUCAAUUAUUGACAGGAUCUGCACUAUGUCGACGGAACAACAACUACAAGACUUCAUUACACGACAGAGGUCACUAUUGUCCCAUGAACGGGAGGCAGAGAUCGAGCGGUCGUCGCUCCUCCUUUCAAAUUGCGGACCGAAGCUACUCGAGCAGAAGGGUCUCGCCCUGACUGGCCUUGGAGUGGCCAGUAUCAGGAUCGGACUCGGUGGAAAGACACUGGUCGAGUUAGAAAGACCUGCGGCGUAUCAUUCUACGCCUUUGUUUCCGCCACAUACAUUCAGACCGGGAGACUUAGCAAAGAUCGAAGAGAACGCCUCAGAAGGCGCAACUCGCAAGAAGACUCUCGUAAAAGGAAAGAAGGCAGAUUCUUCUGAUAAUUCGCGUCGUCAAUCAACAGAGGGCGUAGUAUACAAGGUGUCGGACACACGCAUUGUUAUAGCAGUCAAUGUCUCCGAAUCAGGGGGAGAUGAACUCGACAUCCCUGAACGCUGUAGAGUUCUCAAACUCGCGAACAGUGUUACGUACGACAGGAUGGACAAAGCGAUAGACCAACUCGAAAAGAUGGUCCUUCCUAACUCAGCCACAUCGGAGACCGCAAAAUCAGCUCCAGAGCAAACACCUCUAGUGAGAGUGCUCAUGGGGAUUUCGCGGCCCUCUGAGACGCAGAACAUCGAAGACAUCACAUUCUUUGACGACAGUCUGAACGAGAGCCAGCGCGACGCCAUCAGGUUUGCGAUGCAAGCACCAGAAAUCGCUUGUAUCCAUGGGCCUCCAGGUACAGGGAAGACGCACACGCUCAUCGAAAUCAUCCGUCAAAUAACCACCGUAACUCCGGCAAACCCCAAGCCGCUCCGCAUAAUGGUCUGCGGUGCAUCGAACCUGUCCGUGGACAACAUUCUUGAGCGGCUACUCGCGUUGCCUGCGCCGACCUAUGGUGCGAAACUAAAGGUUACGCGGGUCGGGCACCCUGCUCGUGUGAUGGCACACCAAGGCGUGCUUGAUUCAACGCUUGAGAUGAAGGCUAGCAGGAGCGAUCAGGCAGCGCUGGCGAGAGAUGUCAAGAAGGAGCUCGAAGAGGCUCUAGACAUACUCUCUGGCAAACCGAAAGGUGCUAAAGGCAAGGCACCACGGGGUGCGGAGCGUCGGAAGAUGUGGGACGAAGUCAAGGCACUACGCAAAGAAUACCGUCGGCGUGAAGGAGGGGUCGUUGAGAGCGUCCUUUCGGAGUCACAGGUCGUUCUCGCCACAUGCCACUCUGCAGGCGGGUGGCAGUUGCGCAAUCAUCGCUUCGACGUCCUGAUCAUAGACGAAGCAACGCAAGCCAUGGAAGCGGUUUGUUGGGUACCCAUUUUCAAGGCUCACAAAUUAAUCCUUGCUGGAGACCCGAUGCAAUUGCCUCCGACGAUCCUCUCAGCCGACAAGAAACGUCGAGAUAAGAAAGGUGGCAAGGGUGACAAGGCGAAAGCCUCGUCCAGUCGAACUACUCCGCAGAAGAAUGUGCCCGAGCCGACCAAACAAGUCGCCUCUCCACCUGCCAACGAAAUCACAGACCCAGAAGCAGAUGAACCGGAGGAUAGCGAUGAUGGCUCCAGUUUCGAGAGUGACGCUGAGAUCGACGAAGCCAAGGCACCCGCGGAGCCUGUAGAUGAUCAAGAGAGCCGGCGAAUUUUCCUCAAGAACGAACUCCGACCUCCACGAUCGCUCGAGACAACUUUGUUCGAUCGCUUGGAGAAGAUGUACGGGCCCGGAAUCAAACGGUUACUCAACGUUCAGUAUCGCAUGCACGCUCAGAUCGCGGCAUUUCCGUCGAAAGUGAUGUACCAGAACAAACUCACCUCCCACCCCUCUGUUGCGUCUCAUCUGCUCAAGGAUCUCCCGAAUGCAAAUGCUGCGGAUGAGGACGAAGAGAAGGAACUACUCGGGACACCAGUUGCAUUCUUCGACACGGCGGGUUGCGAAUACUAUGAGAGGGUGGAGGGCGAUGACGACGAGGGGAGCAGAUGCAACGAGAACGAGGCGACUGUGGUGAAGAAAUAUGUUGAAGAACUGGUCGGUGUGGGUGUCUUGCCAUCACAAAUCGCAGUGAUCACACCAUAUCAAGCCCAAGUCACUCUGUUGACGUCUUUGUUGCGGCCUAUAUACGGACUCGACCUGGAGAUUGGCACGGUUGAUGGGAUGCAGGGCCGGGAGAAGGAAGCAGUGAUAAUCAGUCUGGUCAGAAGCAACGAGAAGCGUGAAGUUGGGUUCCUGAAGGAUAAACGAAGACUCAACGUCGCGAUGACUCGAGCCAGGCGUCAUUUGUGUGUAGUAGGUGACUCCUCGACUAUCCAGCAUGGAGGGCGGUUCCUGAAGGCAUGGUCCGCGUGGCUGGAAGCUAACGCAGACGUACGGUUUGCUGGGAUAGACUAAGGCUCGUUCAAGUUGUUGUUUUGCUUCAUUUAUUGGGUUGUAUUCGAUACAGUCCUGACCUAUAGGUAACGUCACUAUCGACGCCUAUGGGCGUUACAAGUAAUACACCUUAUCCACCGCAGCAAUUCAUGAUGCAGCUGUUGUCAACAAAA